AUGGGCAAGGCUGCUAAGAAGAAGUACAGUGGAGCGUCGACGUCGGGCAAAGAGGUGGAUGCGGAAAAGCACCUCACCACCGUGUUCAAGUUCAACACGGACUUGGGCCAGCACAUCUUGAAAAACCCGCUAGUGGCCCAGGGGAUCGUCGACAAGGCCCAGAUCAAGCCCUCGGACAUCGUGCUUGAAAUCGGCCCAGGUACCGGUAACCUAACGGUGCGGAUUCUCGAGCAGGCGAGGAAAGUGGUUGCAGUCGAGUUCGAUCCACGUAUGGCAGCCGAAUUGACGAAGCGUGUGCACGGCACACCAGUGGAGAAGAAACUCGAGAUCAUGUUGGGAGAUUUCAUGAAGACGGAGUUGCCAUACUUUGACGUGUGCAUCAGUAACACGCCGUACCAGAUCUCGUCGCCGUUGGUGUUCAAGUUGAUCAACCAGCCGAAACCACCGCGCGUGUCGAUCCUCAUGUUCCAGCGUGAGUUUGCGAUGCGACUCUUGGCGAGACCGGGCGACUCGUUGUACUGCCGGUUGUCUGCUAACGUGCAGAUGUGGGCACACGUGACACAUAUAAUGAAGGUUGGCAAGAACAACUUCAGGCCUCCACCGAAGGUGGAGUCUAGCGUUGUGCGGAUCGAGAUCAAGAACCCUAGGCCGCAGGUGGACUUCAACGAGUGGGACGGGUUGCUCCGGAUCGUGUUUGUGAGGAAGAACCGGACGAUUGCGGCCGGGUUCAAGUCGACGACGGUGCUCGAGAUACUGGAGAAGAACUACAAGGCGUACCUGGCGGCCACGGCCACCGGGGGGCAGAGCGAGAGCGAUGCUGCCAUGGGCGAUGCCCGUGGCGACUCGCUCAUACCGCAGGUGAAGGCCAAGAUCGAGCAGGUCUUGGCUGAGACCGGGCUUGCCGAGAAGAGAGCCGGUAAGUGCGACCAGACGGACUUUUUGAGGCUGCUCUACGCAUUCCACCAGGUGGGCAUCCAUUUCGCGUGA